GGGCCCAGAUCAACCAAGUUCCACACCGUGCGUUGCGCCCCGAGUCCAGUCCUCCCGGCGGCGCCGCCUCUGCGCGCUUUGGGCAGGAGGCCGACGCCACCAUUGCCGGAGACCUCGCACCCCUUCGGACCCAAGUAGGAGUCCAGUGUCUUUACUCUGGAGAGCGAUGGAUUCUCCAGAAAUUCCGCCCUCUGACCGCAGAGAAGAGCGGCCGCCAGCGUCGCUGCCGCUGCCGGCGGCCUUUCUCGAGUUCCUCGGCGAGAAUGGCCUGGACCCCGCGCUCUACUCCAAGGCGGACACCAUCCCGCGCUACAUCAGGUUAAAACCAGGCAUGGAGUCCAGUGUGGUGACAGAGAUCGAAAGCGAGCUCAAGUGUGAUCUCAUGAGGGUGUCGUGGCUGCCGGACUUCUAUGCGAUCCCGCCUGAAAUUCAGAUUGCUGGAUCCAAGGCUUAUCAGCAAGGGAAGAUCUAUGGGAUUGAUGCAGCUUCUGGAGCUGCCAUCUUAGCACUCGAUGUUCAAUCAGGAGACCAUGUUCUUGACCUCUGUGCUGCACCAGGUGCAAAGCUUUGCAUGCUUGCAGAUAUGCUUGGUAGCUCAGGUUCUUUGACUGGUGUUGAUGUUGCAAAGCACCGUCUUGCAGCCUGUCGUACGAUGUUGCAGAAGUAUUCUCUUGGAGAUCGUAGUCGACUCUUUGUUGCUGAUGGGACUUCGUUUUCCAUAUUGCCUGUGAACUCCAACCUGGGGAGCAUGGAAGCUUUUGUUGGAAUUGAGGAUAAUGGAAGCAUAUUCUCAGAAUGGACUUCAAAGAGAUCAUGGAAAGACAGACAGAAGUCUAAAAAGGCAAAAGCAGCCGGUUCACCUCAUCUACCAUCAACUUCCGAACCUGAACUGAUAUACUAUGGCAAAGAUUCAGGAUUAGUUGGAUUGCAAAAACGUUAUGUUCUUCACCCAUCAACUGAUGCUGCUGCCUGUACAUCUGGGUAUGAUAAGGUCCUAGUGGAUGCAGAAUGUACUCAUGAUGGAUCGAUAAAACACAUUCAGAAGUUUGAGUUCUGGGGAUGGAAAACAUUAGACCGCCGUGUACUCAACGUAGAAAGAACUGGCAACCUACUUCAUCUUCAGUUAGGGCUUCUCACAAAUGGUUUUAAAUUAUUGAAAACAGGCGGAUCACUUGUCUAUAGUACUUGCAGCUUGACUGUUGCACAAAACGAGAAUGUGGUUCAGCAAUUCCUCUCAAAACAUCCUUCAGCAGAGCUGCUAAAGAUCAAUCCAGCCGAUAGCUGGCCCUGCAGAAGCGGCGGCAUCCAGAAAACCUUGCGGACAGGAGCCGUACAUCUGCGGCGGCAGGCGCGGGUGAGCGGCGGCGAUGAGCGGCUUGGCCUUGGGCAUGGUCAUCCCGUAGACCUCGUCGGUGUCGAUGUCCUCGGGGCGGAGGCCGUCGGGCGGGGACCAGUUGAAGCAGUGGAAGAGCCUGGCGAGCGCCAUGAGCACCAGGAUCACGCCCAGGGGCGCCCCUGGGCACUUGCGCUUCCCGGCGCUGAAGGGCAGGAUCUUGAAGUCCGGCAGGUGGCUGAUCUCCACGCGCCCGCCGUCGGCCGGGAGGUGCCUCUCGGGGCGGAACUCGUCGACGUCGUCCCAGAUGCGCGGGUUCCGGCCCAGCGCGUGGGUGUUGAUGAAGAUCCUCGUCUGCGCCGGGAUGUCGUAGCCCAUGAUCGUCGUCGCCUUGAGUGACUCGUGCGGGAUCAGGAACGGCCCGGCCGGGUGCAUCCGGAAGGACUCCCGGACGACGCAGCGGAGGUACGUCAGGUGGGGGAGGUCCGACUCCACCACCAUGCGGCUGGUGCCGACGACGGUGUCAAGCUCCUCCUGGAUCUUGCGGAGGACGCGGGGGUUCUUGAUCACCUCGGCCAUCACCCACUCGUUGGUCACUGAUGAAGUAUCGGUAGCAGCAGCGAUCAUGUCCUACGUAUACACACAUUCAGAAUGAUCAUGUAUGCAUGUUCAUAUGCACUUUCUCUUUUAACAGCAGCAGCAGUGUUCAUUUGUAAUACCAAACA